AUGGAGCAGAGACUGAGCGAGGCUGCUCAAUCGGGAGAGAUCAGUGAGUUGUACGAAUUACUCCGGCUUGAUCCAACCAUUCUGGAUAAAUAUGAUGAGCCAUCAUUUGUGGACACGCCUGCACACAUCGCAGCUGCUGCUGGCUCAAGCCACUUCGCCAUUGAAGUCCUAAGCUUAAAGCCCUCGUUUGGCUCGAAGCUCAACCCAGAUGGAUACAGUCCGCUGGACUUGGCAUUGCAAAGCGAGCAACAUCAAACAGUUAAGCGGCUCGUCAAGUAUGAUCCGGAGCUCAUUCGCGUCAAAGGAAGAGAGAGGCUUACGCCUUUGCACCAUGUGGCUCAAGUGGGUGAUGCUGAUCUUUUGGCUUAUUUUCUACUGUUAUGCCCAAAAUCCAUUCAAGAUUUGACAAUUCGAGGAGAAACGGCUGUUCAUAUUGCUGUGAGAUAUAUAAAGGUCAGAGCUUUACGGGUACUCUUAGGUUGGCUUGAGAUAGCAGAGAAUGAACAGAUCUUGAACUGGAAAGAUGAGAAUGGAGAUACAGCGUUGCAUAUUGCAGCUUCCACAAACAACUUUGAGGUUGUCAGGUUGCUCAUCAGCGAAGUCAAAAGACUCAAAACAAUUAAUGCAAAGAACUUAGAAGGUUUAACAUGCCUCGAUACUUUUCUCGGCCUCGCAAUCAGAGGUGAUGAGAGAAUUGCCAAAGCAUUGCGCGAUGCAGGUGCUAAAAGAUCUUCAUCUCUACGUCCAUCCGACAACUUAGCCGAUAUUUUGAGUCUAAAUCCCGGGCGAAUGUUGGACUUUUAUGCUGCUUUAAAUGAUGUGUCAAGUGAGACGCGAAAUGCCCUCCUUGUGGUAGCUGUACUAUUUGUGACAGCUACCUAUUCAGCUGUACUAAAACCUCCCGGUGGAAUUUCAUCAGCAGGUGAUACCAUUUUGUCUUUCCAAAACUCUUGCAACAUUUCUUCUAGUUCAAGUUUUUCCGGCAACAAUACAACUAUAUACACCAGUAACGGCGCCACAGGAAAAGCACAAAUGGAUGGGGAACUGUUCCCGAGUUUUAUUACCUUGAACACAGCACUUUUUGUAAUCAGCCUUCGAGUUAUCUUCCUCCUGCUUCCCAGACCCCUUUCCCUUUAUAUGGGGAUUUUCGGGGUCUGUCUAUUGGCAAACUAUCUACUUUCAGUAGCCAUCAUAUCACCAGAGAGAUCAUUUUCUCAAGUUUUUGCUAACGUAUUUAUGAUCCUUAUACUUCACAUGAUUUCGAUGUUAUUUAAAAAUCAAGAUUUGAAUCCAUUGCAUAGACCUGACCUCUACAUGUGA